AUGCCCCGCGGGCACGGCGCAGACGACGGCGCCUCCGGCCUCUGGAUGAAAGCGUCCCCGGGGCGCCGAGUGGAGAACCUGCGCCUGAAGGAUGUGGAAGCCGCGCGCGGGGCCAUGAACAGGUCGGCCCGGCCGGCGGACGGCGCGGAGGAGCUGAGGAGCAGAGCGCAGGGUGCGCGCCUCAGCCUGCUGGGCAAACCGCUGGCUUACAGCGCGCAGAGCGGUCGCCGGAACGCGCGUUACAGGAAACUGCAGAACUACCUGUACAACGUGCUGGAGAGGCCGCGAGGCUGGGCCUUUGUGUACCACGCGUUCGUCUUCAUCCUGGUGUUUGGCUGUCUGGUCCUGUCUGUGUUCUCCACCAUCCCGGGUUAUGUGGAACUGUCCAACCACUGCCUGCUCAUACUGGAGUUUGUGAUGAUCGUUGUGUUUGGUCUGGAGUACAUCAUUCGCAUCUGGUCUGCUGGAUGCUGCUGUCGCUACAGAGGAUGGCAAGGCCGACUACGCUUCGCCAGGAAGCCCUUCUGUGUCAUAGAUAUCAUCGUGCUCAUCGCGUCCAUUGCUGUGGUGUCAGCCGGAAGCCAGGGCAACAUUUUCGCCACGUCUGCUCUGCGCAGUCUCCGCUUCUUGCAGAUCCUGCGGAUGGUACGCAUGGACAGAAGAGGGGGCACCUGGAAACUGCUUGGAUCUGUUGUCUAUGCUCACAGCAAGGAGCUAGUGACUGCCUGGUACAUUGGAUUUCUGGUACUGAUAUUUUCCUCCUUCCUGGUUUACUUGGUGGAGAAAGAGUUUAACAAGCAGUUUGCCACUUAUGCUGAUGCUCUUUGGUGGGGAACGAUCACUCUCACUACCAUUGGCUAUGGGGAUAAGACACCGCAGACGUGGCCAGGCCGACUGCUGUCAGCUGGCUUUGCUUUGCUGGGCAUCUCCUUCUUCGCCCUGCCUGCGGGGAUUCUAGGCUCAGGGUUUGCUCUGAAGGUUCAAGAACAGCACAGACAGAAGCACUUUGAAAAGAGAAGAAACCCUGCUGCCAGUCUUAUACAGUGUGUUUGGCGUAGUUAUGCGGCUGAUGAGAACUCGGUUUCCAUUGCUACCUGGAAGCCUCAUUUGAAGGCGUUGCAUACCUGCAGCCCUACAAAGAAAGACCAGGGCGAAUCCACCACCAGUCAGAAGCUAAGUUUUAAGGAGCGGGUACGCAUGGCCAGUCCUCGUGGACAGAGCAUUAAAAGCAGGCAGACAUCGCUGAAUGACCGCCGCUCUCCCGGCACAGACGUAGCAGCGGAGGGGAGUAGCCCGGCCAAGGUGCAGAAAAGCUGGAGCUUUAAUGACCGAACACGCUUCCGCCCCUCCCUCAGACUCAAAAGCCAGUCACGGACUGUGCCUGAAGCUGACAGUCUGGGAGGAGACGACUAUUUCGAUGAGAAGGGCUGUCACUGCGAUGUCUCUGUGGAAGAUUUGUCUGCUCCUCUGAAGACAGUCAUCCGAGCUGUCAGGAUAAUGAAGUUCCACGUGGCCAAGAAGAAGUUUAAGGAGACUCUCCGGCCGUAUGACGUGAAAGAUGUGAUUGAGCAAUACUCGGCUGGACACUUGGACAUGCUGUGUCGCAUCAAGAGCCUCCAGACUAGGUUGGACACAAUAGUGGGUCCUCCACAGACUCUGAGCAGCAAAGCCAAGACUUAUUCCUCUCCUUCCCUGCACUUGUAUUACAGCCAAGCUAAGAGGAAACACUCAGCCCCAGGACUUGCUGCAGGCUCAGGUCCACAGCAGACCCUAAACACCAAAGCCAGGAACCUGUCCUCUUCUUCACUGCACUUGUAUUACAGCCAAAGCAGGAAGAAACACACCAGCUCAGGAGUGGAUCAGAUCUUGGGGAAGGGCCAGAUACCCAUGGAUAGGAAGAUGAGGGACAGGAUCCUUCCAGAAGGGGAGUCUUUGGAGCAUGACAUGAGCAUGUUGGGGCGUGUGUGUAAGGUAGAAAGACAGGUGCAGUCCAUUGAGUCAAAGCUGGACUCAUUGUUGGACAUCUACCGGCAAGUUCUCCAGAAAGGCUCGUCCUCAGUGAUGGGUCUCUCAGCUCUUCCUCUGUUUGAGUUGGAGCAGACAUCUGACUACCACAGCUCCAUCCAGAGCAAGGAUCUGUCCUCCUCCACACAGCUCACAGGCAAUGGGGUUUCUCGGUCUGGCAGUGCUAACCUGCCCUGCGGCCUACAACUCGUUCUGGCCCCCAGUGAACUCAACCUGGGCACUAGCUACCCAACUUCUGCCUCCUCUUUCUCUCCCUCCCCACUGCUUCAUAAUCAACCCUCUAGCCCAGAAAGUGUUUACCCAGCCUCGCCUCCCCCUAUCCUCACCCCUAACAACCUUUCCAGAGGUCAUCCCAACUUCUCUGAGCUGACUAGACCUCUCCCUACCACCAACCCCAACACAAACACUCUGCAGCUGCCCACCAUGUCUCCAGGCACGCCUUCCAGUCUGAUCUCAGAGACAUUGCAGGAGAGCAGGGCAGAGAGCCCUAAUGGCUGCCUGCUUAACACCCAGACUGAAGCUGUUUCAGAGGUAAAAUGUUCUCAAAGCAGGGUGCAGCUAAGGAGCAGACCAGAGAGGAGCCCCAAAGAGGAAGGUUCCUGGAGGAGACACUUGAGUCUUGAAAUUAAUCCACUAGGCCUAAUGUCUUCAGGAGCAAACAACCCACUGCAUUCAGACCGGGGACUGGGGAAGUCUUUCUCUGCUCAAAACCUCAUGCUGCCCUCUGGUGGGGACUGCCACCCUAAUCUGUCUGCUCGGAGCAGCGGCAGCAGCAACAAUGAGUCCAACGAUCGAGAGACCCUGCCAGACUGGGGCGACACAGAACUCUUCAUCAGCGACAAAGAGCUGGCGACCAACGAGGGGAACUUCAACUUCCUUCCACAGCAAAGCACGGACGCCUGCUUCUCCUCUGAGCUCGUACAAACAGGAACCCCUGGAUCAGCUCACAGCCAAGCUGGACCCACAGGCAACUCAGAGUCCCUGAGCCUGCCUCAUGUCCGUCUAAAGUGACCCCAGCACACAGCAGCCUCUCUGUGGAGACUAGCUUCUGGUUCCAUAUGCGCUUUUGUUUUUCCAAAGGAAAGGGGUUGCCAGCUUCACUCCACACCUUUGUCUAAUUUCCAUUGUCAGUUGGUGAAAAGACAAUGUGUUCCACAUAACUUUAUGUUCAUACAUACAUACAUAUCAUUUGCACGGACGAUGUGUCAGAAAGGGGAAUUUAGUAAGGAAAAGGUAAUAAGCAUUAAAAGACCAAAUGAAGGAUUGUGGUACUGACUGAGCUCUACUCUCAGUCUUGCAUGGGCAUUGCAUGUUUAAAACGCAAAAGCACAUUGGAUUGGAUGCAUUUAUGGUUGCUAACCCCCCCACCCCCCCACUCAGUCUUAGAGUUCAUAAUUCAGUCUCUUCUUUAUACUGUUUUUUCUCAGAUAUGGAUUGUCUUACUUAGCUGCCAAGUCAAGUGUUUCACCAGUCAGAGAACGCCAGUAAGUGACUGCAUUAAUGCCAUACCAUAGAUCUCUGUGGCUGUCUCUAUAAAUAGUUUUAUUAGAAUAUUUUGUAUUGCUCACAUGCAUCUUAGAGCACGUUCCUGAACUUCCCACAUGUUUGGGGUCUCAUGUUCUUAGAUACAGAAAGACAUGCCUUAGGCUGCUUUGGGAAAGAAAAGGAACACAAGUUGGAAAUUGAUACACUAUAUGUAUGUAGACACCCUUUCUGAAUACUGAAUUCAGUUAUUUUAAGGUGCACCCAUCUCUGUCAUUGAUACUCAAUUGUGCAUGCUUAAUCUCCAUAGAAAAGCAUAACCAAUAGAAUGGGACUUCCUGGAGCAGUCGCAAAUGAGUGUGAUGUCAUCAUGCCCAUAGUCAUAGAGGUGUAUUGUGUUUUCUGUAAUGAUGGAGCAUCAUUGAAUACCUUUGGGAUGAGCUGGAGUGGUAUUUAUGGUGCUCUUGUGGCUAAAUGCAAUCAAAUCCUCACAAUGAGCCUCAUUUACCAACCAUUCUUAGGAAGGAAUUUCUUCUUAAAACCUACCUACGCAGUUUUCACAAAGAUUCUGACAUCCACCAGUGUUUUCUUACUUUGGGAUUUGUUCUUAGGUAAGAACAGAGCUGAUAUGCACUCAAGAGCAAAAAAGGUGCAAACCGUUCUGUGGUUUAAGAACACAUCAUGAAUCUGAUGUAGACUUCAGGACCUUUCCAAAGGAUAAAUUUAAGAAAAAAAAAGGAAGAUAUUGGUGAAUGAAGCUUAAUUUUACAACAUCUACUGAAAAGCCUUCCCAGACGAGAAGAGGCUGUUACUGCAGCAGAGGGGGAUAAACACCCAAAUAAUAUUUAGAAGAAAUGGAUGAGCAGGUGUCUACAAACAUUUGGAUGUAGAGUUUUUAGACAUAUUAGAUCAUUAAUAUUUCAACAAAUUAACAAGUUCAGGUUAUUUUUGUUUUUUUCUUUAAUGCUAGAUAAGAUGUACCAGUAUAAUCAACAACAGAUAAAAGGUUUGCUGUUUUUUUUAUGUUACAUAAUCUUACAUAAUUUAGCACACAUUUGUAUUCUUUUCCAGAUUUUUAAUUCUGCAGUCCACAAGAGUCUUAAACCCAAAAUUGUGCUUUUCAGCCUCCUUUCUUCUCUUAAUUUUCUAAUCAGUCUCUAUUCUGAGUGGAUCAGAAGUGUUUUUGCUAGACUGGUUAUUAAUAUAACUUAUAAUGUAAUGUGUAUAUCAGAAUGUCAGUAUCUAAUUGUAUGUUGCAAGUCAUGCUUAGCUGUGUUUUAAGCUUUUCUGAAACUGUGCAACACCUCUGGGGUACACAUUGAGGGUGAUCCUGGCACUGUAGCUUACAACAGUUGGAAGCACAAUUGUUCAGAGUUUGAAGAGAAACCUGCAAAUGUGAUGAAUGUUAUUUUACAUAAUCAUGUUGUUAUUUGUAAUCCAGAAGCAUAGAAAGAAUGGUACGUAACAUCCUGAGCGUUGAUUUACGUUGCCAUUGUUCAUGGAUUCUCUAUGGAGUAUGUCUGAUUUGCAGAAUAAUGCUGUAGACUAAUAUUAAUAAUAAUCUUCUUAACACUUUUUUAAAAACUAAAUGCUUCAUGAUGCCCUUUUGCAUUUAACUAUGAUUUUAGCUGCCCCAGUUCUCUUCAUGCCAGUACAGUACUCUUAUUUUGACCUCUAAUGGAAACUGUUAAGAGUUAAGGUUGAAAUAAUUCAACAAUUUGCUUGGCUGUGAACGUAGCUCAUUUCUUUUUGUUGAAAGCAACGUUUAUUUUUGUUUUGCCACUAAUUUAGUAAUUUAUUACACAAAACUGGCCUUAAUAUACAUGCUUGAUAAUGUUAGAGUUCUGUCAUGCAGAUUAAUUUAUUUCAACUAUGUGCACAUAACAGAGUUGAUGCUCUGGGAUUGAAAAAUGCAAAAUGAAAUUUUAUCAUACUUAAAUAAACAAAAGACUUGAACUCA